CCUAAAAUCGAAGAGAAAGCAAAAUGGUGAAGAAGAAGGGAGUUGUGUGGAAUUACUACAACAAAAAAGUUGAUGGAACAACGGUGACAGCAUUCUGCAAAUUCUGUCACCGUUCUUACAUUCAAAAUGCCACGAGAAUGGAGAAACACUUGGCGAGAUGUGAGAAGGCGUCGAUAGACGUGAAGAAUUUGUUCUUGCGUGUAUCAACGAGCAAGCGAGUCAAUCGUGCUCGUCUCCUGGGCGCUAAAUUGCCAGAGGGUUGGACAAAGCGCAACGAGGAGAUGUCACAAUUGGACGUCAGUUCAUUCACUGAGGCUGAUCUCGAGGAUAUCGAUGAGUGGAACAGACAGAAGCAGAUGCAGGAGGACGAUCCAACCCAGAAUAUGGCAUUCAGUGAGGAUGGGGAUGAUGAUGGUGGGUGGGAUGGGCGGCAAAACGACAUUCGUGGGAUUAAUCAUCAGGGUCAGGCUAGGAGCAUCGAUCCUCUUGUUCAAAUCCAUACUGGUAUGUUUUUUGACGUUGCUCCUGACGAUCGCAAAAUUCAAAUUCGAAAAUCCAAUGAAUCAGAUCACCUGAAUCGUGCUCACACAGCCACAUCGGUCUCAACCUUUGAGCCAACAAUAAAUCAAUUGGGUGUCCACUCACCCCUGCAAACUAAAAUUCUCCAGGAACAGUUGCUCGAGAAAAGGGCGCAGCGGAAAAUUGCUGAAUUGGAAUUGCGCCGUAAAGCACUGGAAUUGGAGCGAUAUCAGUGGGAAUAUGAGAGAGACAAAGCGAGAAGUGAUGAGAUUUGGGCACAUGAGUCACGUAUGAUGCAGUUGAAAGAGGAACGUGAACAGAGACUCGUGGCAGAGAGUUCCUACGAAACUAAACAAUAAACAAUUUCCAUUAUUUUAAUAUUUUCCAUUUACUUUUUAUUAUUUUAAAUAUCAUGACAUGUUAAAGCCUCCAAGCGAAAAUAAAGCGUUUCUUUCAUGCAAUUAA